AAAAUUAAGUGUGUACACACUGUGAUCGAUGAACAACAAAACACACAUUUAACUAUUUCUUUAGAAAAAGUUAAAUAUAUUCGCAUUAACAGAGUUUUUCAUCGCUAAAACCAAGCUGCACAAUGCCGACAAUUGGAGUUAAACGUGAUUUGCUAUUUGAUGCCCUGGGCAAGAAAUACACCGAUGACGAGUUUCAAGAGCUGUGCUUUGCCUUUGGCCUGGAACUGGAUGAAGUGACAACUGAGAAGCAAAUGCUCACCAAAGAGCAGGGAGAUGUUGCGGCAGCAGCGAAUGCCAGCGAAGAAAUCAUCUACAGGAUUGAUAUUCCUGCCAAUCGUUACGAUUUGCUAUGUCUAGAAGGCUUGGUGACAGGACUGCAAGUCUUUCAGGGAAAAGUUAAGCCACCCAAAUUUGAGUUUGUGGAACCAAAAGAGCGUCAAGUGCUUAAAAUUCAGCCUUCCACGGCUCAAAUCCGACCACACGCUGUGGCUGCUGUGUUACGUAAUGUGACUUUCACGCCGGACUCUUACAACAGCUUCAUUGAUCUGCAGGAUAAAUUACACCAGAACAUUUGCCGUAAGCGCACGUUGGUUGCCAUUGGCACUCACGAUUUGGACACGUUGCAGGGACCAUUUAGCUACGAAGCUUUGGCACCGGAACAAAUCAAAUUUGCACCGCUUAACCAGACGCAAGAGCUGAACGGCGCCCAAUUGAUGGACUUUUAUUCCACACACGCUCAGCUUAAGCAAUAUUUGCCCAUCAUUCGUGAUUCGCCUGUCUAUCCGGUGAUCUAUGAUGCGAAUCGUGUGGUUCUAUCGCUGCCGCCCAUCAUCAAUGGAGAUCAUUCAAAGAUCUCGCUUAAAACCAAAAAUGUGUUCAUCGAAUGCACGGCUACGGACUUGACCAAGGCCAAGGUGGUCCUGGACACCAUUGUCUGCCUUUUCUCGGAGCACUGCAGCCAAAAGUUCAGUGUUGAACCGUGCGAUGUUGUGCAACCCGACGGCACCACUGUCUCCUAUCCGGAGUUGGCUGUACGCGAGGAGCAGGUGUCGGUGAAACGUGCCAAUGCUUAUAUUGGCAUUGAUGAACCAGCCACCAAGUUGGCGGAUAUGCUGACUCGCAUGUAUCUGGAGGCAAAAGUGGAUGCUAAGGAUGACGAUAAACUAAUUGUAAAGAUUCCACCAACACGUCAUGAUGUUAUCCAUGCUUGCGACAUCUACGAAGACAUUGCGAUUGCCUUUGGCUACAACAAUAUCAAGAAAUCCUUGCCGGCGUUCAUGCAAAUCGCCAAGCAGUUUCCACUCAACAAACUCACCGAGCAGCUGCGUGAACAGGUAGCUCAGGCGGGCUUCACCGAAGCUCUGACCUUUACGUUGUGUUCCCGCGAUGAUAUUGCACGCAAACUGAACAAAGACAUUGAAGCGUUGCCUGCUGUGCAUAUUGGAAAUCCCAAAACGCUUGAAUUUCAAGUGGUGCGCACCACAUUGUUGCCGGGUCUGCUCAAAACCUUGGUCGCUAAUCGCAAGAUGCCGCUGCCAUUAAAACUCUUCGAGAUUAGCGACGUUGUUGUGGUCGCCGAGAGCUCUGAAGUUGGCGCACGCAACGAACGUCGCCUGUGUGCGGUCAAUUGCAAUAAAACCGCAGGAUUUGAGGUAGUUCAUGGCCUGCUAGAUCGUGUCAUGCAAUUGCUGUCUGUGCCCUGGAAAACUGGAAAUGCUGAGCAAGGUUACUAUUUGGAGGCAACCGAGGAUCCUAGCUACUUCCCGGGACGUUGCGCCAAUGUCAUGUAUAAUUCGGCCGUCAUUGGAAGGAUUGGCGUGUUGCAUCCCAGCGUGUUGCAGGCUUUCGAAUUGACCACGCCCUGUUCAGUUGUUGAGUUCAACAUUGAGCCAUUUGUUUGAAGAUAAGCAUAGCUUAACAAUAAUAUGAUAUUGUAAUUCCUUCUCCCAAGAGUCUUAAUAAAUGGUCACAAACAAA